AAACACAUGGACUACAACAAUUACUGUACCUAAAGGAGUUGUUUCCAGUUAUCGCUAUUUCAAAGGCUUCUUUCUGGAGUCAAAGCUCAUCAGCAGGAAGGAGAAAACAGGUUCUAUUAGUUAACUUGUUCUCCGCAUUUUGAAAGAAUGUGUGUGAGAAAGCACUAAAUGUGCCACAGGUUAAAUGAGGAUACCUAACAAUAUUUGUGUGUGAGUUUCCCAUAUCUGUGUUUCUGUCCUUUAGAAACAGCUUAAGGUCACUGUUAUGUUCUAGCAAGUCCUUGGCCAAAUGCCAGCUGGCUUGGUCUAAUCUAAGCACAUGAUCCUCUGCGGAGCCCUCCCAGAUAUAGAUGUACGCAAACAUACUAAGGAUCAAAUCGCACUGGAAAUGAAAGAGAAUAUAAUAUGACAUUUCUCAUACGAUAAAUGCAUCUACGUUGAAUACUUUAUCGUGUGAGACUGUGGACUUUGUUGCUUGUGAUAUGCCUCACUUUGUAAAUUACAACGGCUCCAAGCUGCCACGUGUUGAAACGUGUCAUCGGUUUUCAGCUCUUGGUGCAGGGUUAAAGAAGGUAACGUUACACAGUAUGGGGAUUUAUUCAUGCAGUGUGCAUGAGCCAUGUUUAAAAUGUUAGAAACUGAAGUUGCCCCCACAGCAUUAGUAUUAGCAGCAAUUUAUACUUUUUGGACCAUAAGCAUAAACAAUGAUGGGUUUUUCCUUCCUCAGUUUAUAUUUCAUUCAAUUUGGUAACAAUUUGGUAAAAAAAACUAGAAGGGUAUUUCCAGUUGAGGUGUUUAGUUUCUACUAUGAUGUUUAGUUCAGUUCAUUUACAGUGGAUUAAUUGCAUUUUGCCCUCAACAUUAUUGUCACAGUUUCAGUGUUAACGGCAGUAAAACAUAAUCUGUGUAUCCACCCUGUGAUUUGGAUCCUCUCCAAAGUUUAACAGGUUCUUCUCCAUACCAUGCAUGCGCCUUCCCACCAAGGCUUUAUUACAGAUCAAGAGAACAGCUUAAUGUGUAACUGAAGUUGUUUUUUUUUCUUCUUCACUAACAAAUCCACAUUUCAGAUUUCAACCCAUGGUGGCUGACUGGGCCUAGAGUGCAGGUGGCCCCUGUCAAGUGAUAGUCAAUAUGUGGGAGACCCAUCAUCAACCCCGCAUGAUGAGCCCCACAGCGUCACACCAGAACAUUGAUGAUGGACAAUUUGGAAUUCACAACGGGGUAAACUGUGUUGACUCUGGGUGGCUGACUUGCCAGACAGAGAUUCGCCUGCGUCUGCACUAUUCUAAGGUGUCUCCGGUGUCCAUUACUAAGAAGAAAUACAAGAAGUCUCGCUUCAGAAUCAAGCUGACAUUAGAGGGCGUAGAGGAGGAAGAAGAUGAAGAGGAAGAAGAUGAGGAGAAGGAUGAGCCCAGCCCUUCAACUUUACACAAGAUGACCACCACUCUGGGGAUCAGUAUGAUCAGCGCCAGUGGCUACAAGUCGCGCCACUCGCAGCCUGAAUGUGGGUAUGCCUUGGAGCCCUCCAAGUGGACUGAGUACAGCAUCCACACCAUGGACCCAGACAACCUAGAGCUCACCUUUGAGUUCUUUGAGGAGGACCUGGGUGAGCAUGUAGUCCAGGGGGAUGCCCAUCCAGGACACGUGGGCACCGCUUGCCUCCUUUCCUCUUCUUUUUUGGAGAGUGGUAAGGACAACGGAGUAAUGACGCUUCCCAUAAUGGGUCGGAAUUCCAGACAAACCCUCGGCAAAGUCAGAGUGGAUUACCUGGUGAUCCGGCCCAUCCAGGGGCUGCAGUGUGACAUGAGCUCCUCGUUCACCAAGUACUGGAAGAAAAGAGGCGCGCUGAAUGUCGGUCACAGGGGAGCCGGCAGCACACAUGCAGCCAAGCACCAGAGAGUCAGGGAGAACACAAUAGCCUCAUUUAAAAGUGCUGCUACGCAUGGUGCAGCCUAUGUGGAGUUUGAUGUCCACCUUUCCAAGGAUGCUGUUCCCAUCGUAUACCAUGAUCUGACAUGCUGCAUAUCCACCAAGAAGAAAAACGACAACACUUCUCUGGAACUUAUUGAGGUGCCGGUCAAGGACUUGACAUUUGAUCAGCUGCAGCUUCUGAAGCUUGCCCAUGCCACUGCGAUGAAAGGAAACGAUGACAAAGAUCUGCUGGAUGAUGAAGAAGAAAUCGAUGAGCAUCAGCCAUUUCCCUCACUCUCACAGAUUUUCCAAGCUAUUCCCGAGCAUGUGGGCUUCAACAUUGAGCUCAAAUGGAUCUGCCAGAUGAAGGAUGGGACAUGGGACGGCAACCUAUCGUCCUACUUCAACAUGAAUACCUUCCUCGACAUCGUCCUGUCCUGCGUUCUGCAGAAAGGCGGAAAAAGGCGCAUUGUGUUCUCGUGUUUCGACCCAGAUAUCUGCACAAUGGUGCGUCAGAAGCAGAACAAGUACCCCAUCCUCUUCCUAACUCAGGGAAUUUCAGACAAGUAUCCUGAGCUGAUGGACAUCCGCUGCCAAACCACUCAGAUCGCCAUAAGUUUCGCCCAGAGUGAGAAUAUUCUGGGGAUCAGUGGCCACACUGAGGAGCUGUUAAAAAACCUUUCCUUCAUUGGCGAUGCCCAAUCUAAAGGCCUGGUGGUGUUCAGCUGGGGAGAUGACAACAACGACCACGAGAACAGAAGGAAGCUAAGAGAGCAGGGGAUCGACGGGCUUAUCUAUGAUAGUAUCUGUGAAGACCUAGGAGAGCAGCCAAACAUCUUCCAAGUAGAGGAGCAACACUCUCUGCAGGAAGUCAUUACAGAGGAAACCCUAAAGAGCUCCACCUGUACCUGCUACUCCAUCCCCUGCUCCAUGGCUCCCUGCAUUGCCUCUAAAUCCCGUGCUGGCAGCGCUGAGUCUGAUUCUGGCCUCAGCUCCUCAUAAGUAUCCCUAAACUUUAACUACCUUUUUAAUGGACCUUACUGUACACACACACACACACACACACUCAUGAGGACCAAGGUGGGGAUGGAUGCUUAAACAAAACAAUGUACUUGCUCAAAAAUGACAGCUUAAGUGUAUAUAUUCUAAAAAUGACAAGAUUUUAUAUACAACUACAUCAACCAUUUCUCUCACUUACAGAUUUUGUCUAUUGUCUUGUAUCUUCACAAAGGUUCUGUUAUUUAUGCUUUCCAUUGAAGUAGAUGCAUGUUUUGCCAAAAUAUUAAGCCAGCCAUACAAGUUUUUAAAAAUGGCAUAAUAGUGGAACAAUGUCAAACUGGAUAUUUAUUUAGCCAAUAUGUUGAUUCUUUUCAUAGUGUAAGUGCUAAACCUCAGUGCGUAUGAUAUUUCAGUGGCGUAAAAGUGAUCUCCAUGUUGUAUGUCAUAAAGCUCAUCAUGCACAUUUAUGCUGAUUUACUGUCUCUGUUCAUGUUUGCAUACUUCACAUUAUGCAAGCAGAUGUACAGGCUGUCAUUAAUGAAUGCUCCCCUCUUGGUGGAUCAGUUUCCUCUUGAAUGGACUGUUGAAAGCACUUGCUUCUCCAUUCCUUCAAACUCCCAAUCCCACAGGAUGAACAGCUUUAACCGAAAGCAGAUGUACUGUAUCAUUUAACCUUUUUAUCUACUUGAUUUUAAAGAAAAGUAAAAGAAUCUUUUAUUUGCUAUAGAUAUGCACAAACAGCCUUAAGGGGAGGAGGGGACUUGCCUUUUGUUUCACUACUGCCAAUACCUCACUCAUCAUCUAUCUAGACCUGAGUUGAGACGUCGGAAUGAACAAAUACUCCCUAUAAAUCCCACUUACCUUCACAACAUCCAUGCUUUUUAUUGCAUGGGAGAGUUUUUUUUUUUUGUUUUUGCACAGAUUACACUUGAAAUAAAGAAUAUUUGAAUAUUGAAGCGGUGUUUGGUAUAAUGCAAUGAUAAUGUUGCAUUUUGCACAGCAAAACAAAUCCAUUGAUAGUAUACCGUGUAUAUCUGUCUCAUCGCACAAUCUCUCUUAAUCUCUUACAAACUUUAAUGAUUGAGUCAUGCAUGGUCUGUAUAUCCAAAGGACCAACCAGGGAUAAUGUAUUCAUCUAGUGUGUGAUGUUGCCACUUCGGGACAGUUGAGUGUAAGUGGUAUUGUAAAUAAAGUUGAAACAC